AUGCGUGACCGCAGGAAUACCAAUCUUUCCAUUUCGUCCACGGGUUCGUUUGCUUCAGCCCACACGUCGCCUGUCGUCGCCGAUCACGCUCAAGAUAGUGCAGAGAAAGGAAGAUUCCUCUGGAUCCCGGCCAGAGAAGACGCCGACCCUCUGCCUUCACCUCUGCUCAAGCACGCCCGCGAGAAUCGACAUGGCUUCUUCGAUAACUGGCAAAAGACGCCUCGCUGGCGCACUCUCGUCAUGCUCUUCGUUCUUGCUAUCGUCCUGAUUGGCUACACUCUGGCUCCUCUCUUCACGACCGACGUUCAAUUUGACGCCGUCUUCGCCAAUGCUGAUAAACAGUUUGAUCUCGUCAACGGAGCGCCGCUUCCCGAUCAGCCGACGGCUUUGAUCUUUCAGGACCAGCACGGUCAACCUAGAUGGACUGUCUCAAUCCCGCCCUCAUUUGGCUUCCCCUUGGCGCAUCACGAAUACAGUCAGAUAUGUUCGGCCAGCGAAGGAGUAAGGAAAAGCGUCGAGACAAUGACCGGUCGCCCAUCGAGGAUUCAGGGUCACAGCAGACCUCACUUCUGGAAGCGUCCCUAUUACGCCGCAGACAGAACCUUCAUGCCAGUUGACGAAGCUGAGGCUUUGAACUUGCUGCCAGCCAUGCCUGAUGAACAGAAGCACAUCUCAGUCGUUGGCUAUACCGACGGAAGUAGCUCCGAUUUAGCCGUCUGUCAGAGCAGCUUGACCUUCGUCAUGGAAACUAAUGAAGCUGGCUUUGGAAACACCCUGCUCGCUCUCUGGCUGAGUUACGGCGUGGCUAAGAAGGAAGGUCGUGCAUUCUUCAUUGACGACUCAAAUUGGUCGUAUGGGAGAUACACUACAUACUUCAAGCAGCCUCCUCAGUCAGCUUGUGCACCUCCACCAGCCAACCGGGUCCUUCCAUGCCCCCACAGUGCUCGUCAUUUAGUUGUCUCAGCCGCUACCUUGCCUUGGACUUUCGGAUCUGCUUUCAAGGCCGAGUAUCAACAAUCGCUCAAGCAUGGCUUCAAGAAGAACCGUCGUAUCUACGACUUGGUCCGCAAAGGCUACGAAGAUCUUUUCAAGCUGCAGGGAGAGGACGGGUCCUUCCUAGCACACAAGCUGACGGUCAUGCGUGCCGCUGCUUCCGCCUCUCGAACGCCACUUAUCGGCAUGCACAUCCGCCAUGGAGAUCUGCAUCCUUUCGAGGUCGAGUACAGUCACGACUAUCUCCCAUUCGAGCGCUAUACAUCUGCAGCUAGCGAGCUUUUUGCUUCUUUCUCGCCGAACAAGUCAUCUCUGGAGCCGACCGCUCUUCUCCUUGCUUCAGAUGAUCCGGACAUUCUCUCGUCUCACGAUCUCAUCAACACGCUUCCCUCACAUCUCACCGUUUCACGACCACAAGAGCGCAUUGUGCUUGCAAGUAAGAAGACACUGGAACCUGCAAAGCCUAUCCGUAAGCCCGGAUCCGCUUACGUCAAGCAUGUCGACGAAAACUCUGGGUGGGAAGGAGGGUUCUUUGCUUCGCUGUUCUACUCUCUCGGAAAAGGCCACCCAUCUGCGUCCGACAAGGAAAUGGGAGACGAGAUGCAAAAGGCUGUCCUGAAACUGAGAGAGCUUGUUGGACGAGCCUACCUUCUGGAUCUGGCAGUGGUAGGACAUGCUGAUGCAGUAGUGUGCGCUAGUUCCAGUGCAGCUUGUCGCAUCAUCGGAGUCAUGAUGGGUGCUGACAAGGUGUACAAGGGGCAGUGGAAGAACGUGGACGAUAAGCGUGUCUGGAGCUGGGAUGGAAAGGAUUGA